AUGGCGCUUGUGGAGGUGGUGGUAGUGACAGCAUGGUGGUGGAGGUGGCAGCAUGGUGAUGGUGGUGGUGUUGGUUGUGGAGGUGGUGGUGGAUGUGGAUGUUUUGAAGGAGGUGGUGGUUGUUGUGGUGGUGGUGGUGGUGGUGGUGGAGGUGGAGGUGAAGGUGGAGUUGGUGGUGGUGGAGGUGGUGGUGGUGGUGGUGGUGGUAGUGACAGCAUGGUGGUGGAGGUGGCAGCAUGGUGA